AUGUCGGCGCUCGCAGCCCCCUCAUCCACUAUCCUCCCCUCUACAGUACCGGAGAAUGCACCUGAGCACUGUCCCGGCGUCGAAUCUACGGACGCCGGCAAGGCCGAUGCCUGCGAUGGCUGUCCGAACCAAUCUGUCUGCGCCGAGGGCCCGAAGGGCCCAGACCCUGACCUCCCCCUUAUCCAGGCGAGAAUGCGAUCGGUCAAGCGCAAAGUUCUCGUCUUAUCAGGAAAAGGAGGCGUAGGGAAGAGCACAUUCACUGCUGGACUAUCUUGGGCGUUAGCUGCAGAUGAAGACUGUCAAACCGGCAUCAUGGACGUGGACAUCUGCGGACCGUCGAUCCCCCUCCUCAUGGGCCUCUCCUCGUCCUCCAUACAUACCUCUGCUUCGGGAUGGUCACCGGCAUACGCUCAGGACAAUCUCGCCGUCAUGUCCAUCGGCUUCCUCCUCUCUUCCAGCUCGGACGCGGUCAUAUGGCGGGGGCCCAAAAAGAACGGCCUCAUCAAGCAAUUCCUAAAAGACGUGGAAUGGGGAGAUCUCGACUACAUGGUCAUCGACACGCCGCCCGGUACCAGCGACGAGCAUCUCAGCAUCGUCCAAUACCUCAAAGACGCCGGGAUCGACGGCGCCAUCCUGGUGACCACCCCGCAAGAAGUGGCGCUGCAAGAUGUUCGCAAGGAGAUUGACUUUUGCCGCAAGGUGGGGAUACCAAUAUUGGGGCUGGUGGAAAAUAUGUCGGGCUUUGUCUGUCCGAGCUGUAAAGGCGAGAGCCAGAUAUUUGCGCCGACUACAGGAGGAGCCGAGGCGAUGGGGAAAGAGCUGGGAAUAGAGCUGCUGGGGAGAGUACCAUUAGAUCCGAGGAUAGGGAUGACUUGCGAUCAGGGAUUGAGCUUUUUAGACGAGUUCCCAGAUAGCCCCGCGACAGCAGCAUAUCUAGACAUAGUACAGCGGCUCAGAGAGUUACUAGGCGAUGCAUGA